ACUGCACUUUAGUUAGUAAUAUUUUCUAUGCUUGCAAUGCUGAUGUACGAUAAUAAACAAAAACAGCUGUUGCUCGGUACGGAUUGGUGUAAAUAUUUUUGUUAAUUAUAAAAUCAAAAUUUCUGAAGUCAGUGUAUACAGCAACCAGUGUGUUGAUAUUACGAGUAUUAUUACUGAAUCUAGUGGACUUUAAGGUAAAGAAAUUUUAACACUUCAUGGCUAGUAGAUACGAAGAAUGAAAGAAGACAAGAUUACGCCGCAAUGAUGUUUUUCACGUUAGAAUGAGAUGAUAUAUUCUAACAUUCUUGAGUAGACUCGAAACUAGACAGUAUUAUCCAUACCAAAUCGGGUGAUUUCAUUAAAAUUUCGACACUUUUACAGUUUGAAAUAAAAAGAUCUGUAAGAGACCUGAGGCCGCGGUUUAGCAAAUUAACUAAUUCAACUACGAAAAACAAAUUUAUUCAGAUAUAAACUACAUACAUAUGUACAUAGAAUAUAUUUGUUAUUUUAGGUGUAUACAGUAGUUAGAAAUGACCGUUAUACUGCAAUCCAACGAUAAUGUGAAAUUCUUGGUCGAUGUGAAGAUCGCCCAAGAUAUGGACUUUCUCCAAUCAAUGCCAUUAAAUAUUAAUGAAAAUGACGACACUAUUCCAUUACCCAAUGUGGACUCGGCAAUACUUUACAAAGUACUUACUUGGAUAACCUAUCAUAAAGAUAAUCCAUAUAUUGGUGAAGAUGACAAACCUUUCUAUAUUUCUGGUUGGGAUUCAGAAUUUCUAGAAGUCGAUAGUGAUACAUUAUAUAAAUUAAUUGAAGCCGCUGAUUAUCUCGGUGUUAGUGGAUUACUAGAACUAAUUUGCAAAACGGUGGGAUAUUUAUUCAGCAAUAAUGCACCAGAAGAAAUAAAGUCAUUGUUCAAUAUAAACGAUAGUCACUGAAAAUUGGUAUUAAAUAUAUGUGUAUUGUAAAUUCAAAAAUAAUGAUAAUGAUUGAAGAUUAAAUUGUGUGAAUUUGGAGUUGUUAAUUAAUUAGGAAAAUUAAAUAAUUGAUAUAUUUUAAAAUA